AUGCAGCCAAUUACCCUGUAUUCGCACCAAUACGGCCCAAACCCCUGGAAGGUGGCUCUCAUCCUCGAAGAACUGAACAUUCCAUACAAAACCCAGUUUGUCAACUUCUCCGAAGUCAAAAAAGAGCCCUAUGUCAAGCUUAACCCAAAUGGCCGCCUCCCCACCAUCGACGAUCCCAACACUGGCCUCCAAAUUUGGGAAUCGGGAGCAAUUGUGGAAUAUCUCAUCGACACAUACGACAAAGACCAUCGUAUCAGCUACAGCACUUCCUCAGAGCAUUGGCAGUUGAAACAAUGGCUGUUCUUCCAAGUCUCAGGCCAGGCACCAUACUACGGUCAGGCUUCGUGGUUCCAACGAGCCCACCCGGAGAAAAUCCAAAGUGUCAUUGAUCGAUACGUCAAUGAGAUCAACAGGGUUACUGGAGUGCUUGAAUCGGUCUUGAAGACCCGAGACUGGUUGGUUGGCGACAAGUGCACAUACGCUGAUCUGUCAUUCAUUGCCUGGCAACGAUGGGCCCCUCGCUAUGGUGGCGAGGAUAUCUACGAGAAGUUCCCCCGUGUGGGUGCGUGGAUCGAGAGAAUGAAGACAAGGCCCUCCGUUCAAAAAGUCCUCGCCGAUCAGGAUCGCGCUAUAGCAGAAGUUGAGAGGAAUCAAUGA